GGCAGCUGGAGCAGAUGCCAGUGACCAGCUCACCCUGAAACUGGAGUAAAAGGAUGGGAGAGGGUUUCCAACCCUGUGGGGCUGCAAGGGAUCAUGGCAGGGUGGGAGAACCCCAGUUUGGGGAGCAAGGGACAUCCCACGAGUGGCCCCUCAGAGGCUAAGCCUGCCUUUGUCCCUGUCUCACUGGCCAGGUCUACACUGGAGGAGAUAAAGCGGGAGCUGAAGGAGCUGAGAGAGCAUCAGGAGAUGACCAAAGCCAUGCUGGAGCAGUUGGUGACCAAGACAUCUGAGCAGCUGCAGGAGCAGCUGGACAAGCUGAGGGAGAUGGUGGAGGGCAUGGGGCAGGAGCAGGCAGCAUGCCCCAUGUGCAGCACAGACAUCAGCGUGCAGGUGGCACAGCUCCUCCAGCGCUAUGAGAAGCUCCAGGAGCUGGUGGACUCCUUCACGUUGCAGCAGCCAGUGGGCAAGAUGAUGAAACAGAUGCCAGGGAGGAGUCAGGAUGAGGAGCUGCUGAAGCACAUCCAGGCCACCAUUGUGCACCUGCAAGGGGACUAUGAGAAGCUCAGCUCUAUCACAGGGAACCUCCUGGAUGACCAUCACCAGAAGCAGAAAGAUAUUGAGGCUCUGUUCCAGUCCCUGGAGAGGCUGGAGAAGGAAAAGGUGGACAAGGAGGACCUGCUGCUGGGAAUCGAUGUGAAAGCCGACAAGGGCGCCCUGGCCAGCAAGGUCAAUCGCAGCCAGUUCGAUGCCAGCAUGGAGCGGCUGAACCAGGUCAUCCAGGAGAUGCUCAGCAGGGUGACAGGCCAGGAGCAGGGCUGGCACCAGGUCCAGCAGCAGCUCACUGAGGAGCUGGGCUCCAAGCUGGACCGCCUGGAGCUGGGCCCAUUCCGGCAGCAGCUGGAGGAGCACUGGAAGAGCAGCCUGGAGAAGAUCAGGAAGGGCUCAGGACCAGAGGCAGACGAUGCAGCUGGCAUUAAGAAGCAGCUGCUGAACCACUUCCACUGCGUGUCCUGUGACCGGCCCCUCAACAUGCUGGUGCCUGGCCCGCUUGCAGCCACCAUCCCCUCCAUGCCCUCGCUGCCCUCCCGCCUCACUGGGGACCUCCAGGCCAUCCUUCAGCAGGAGCAAGGACAGCAGCACAGCCACAGGGAGCAGGUGGGUGAGGGCAGGUACCCCACCGUGCCACGGCACUGCGGGGGCCAGCACACCCUCACCCAGCGCCUGCAGCGCUGCCAGCCCCUCCGCAGCCUGCCCCCUGGCACCCCACAGCCGCUCCACGCCACGCUCCACGCCAAGCGCAACCAGACGGAGCUGCUGGGGCAGGAUGGACACAUCUACAGGGGCCAGCAGGAGCCGCAGCUGCCGCUGCUCGAGGGCAAGGAGGGCUUCCAGAGGGGCAAGGCCAGGCUGCCCCCGAGGCAGGGGGACACCCAGGACACCGUUCGCCUGCUCUCACGGCCCCAGAGCGCUGGGCCCUUGCUCGGCCGGGCAGGCACCCCCUCCUCAGCGGAGCAGCGCCCAGCCUCGUCCCACGGACACCUCUCCCAGGCAUCAGGACUCUUCCCCCAGGUCUAG